AGGAGGCGCGGGGAGGGGAGGGGAAGCUCGGGGAAGACCCGAGGCGGGACCAUGCAGGGCCAGGUAGCCGGGUACGACUGCUGCGAAGGAUUCGGGAAUGUGGAUUUUGACCAGGCAGAACUUUCCGUUAUGACCCGGCUUCUUGGCUACAUCGAUGUCACAGAUUUCAGCUUUGUGGCUGCUGUCCUCUGCAUCAUUUUCAAUCCCCUUUUCUGGAACGUGGUUGCGAGAUGGGAAUACAAAACACGCAAGCUGAGCCGGGCCUUUGGAUCUCCCUAUCUUGCAUGUUACUGUCUGGGCACAAUCGUCCUGCUGUUGAACUUCCUCAGGUCUCACUGCUUUACCCGGGCCAUGUCAAGCCAGCCGAAGAUAGAAGGGUUGGAUUGCCUAGGGGCCUACUAUGUAGGCCUCGUCAUCCUGGGAAUUGGCACCAUCUUUGUGCUCUCCAGCUUCUAUGCCCUUGGAUUCAUUGGGACGUAUCUAGGUGAUUAUUUUGGAAUCUUGAAGGAAGCAAGAGUGACAACAUUUCCAUUUAGCGUCUUGGACAAUCCUAUGUACUGGGGGAGCACAGCCAACUACCUGGGGUGGUCAAUCAUGCGUUGGUCCCGCAGAUUUCCUGUGAAAGGCACCAGAAAGCCAGGGACCUCGACUCAGUUACUUUCCCUCCAGCUCCAGGUCUGA